AUGGGCCAGAAACACUCUCUCAUCGAAGUUUGCGAGGAUCGCGGGAAGAAUCUGAGCGAAGAAAGCUGUCAAAUCAGCUUUGACGGGUCAGGCAAUGUGUCGAGCUUUGGCGGCAUUGGUACAGGGGAGUUCGAAGCAGAUCCUGAUAUCGCCGGCUUUGGUAUUUUCAUCGCUUUCAUGACUCUCAGUGCAAUCGUCAGCUUUGCCGGUCUUUGUCUCAUUAUUCUACGCGGCGUUGUCCUCAGAUUCGCGCCGGACAAACGCGACGCCAAGAAAUUUGUCCGUUGGUACGAUUACUCCAAGAAAGCUCACCAACUUGUGGACAAUCUGAUCCUAUCGUCUGCUGACGCACAGCUCUUUUUGAUCCUUGCUUUCGGGGGCGCUUUCUACUGGACCUCGCAAUGCACCGUUUCACUCUACCAUUACCUCGUGGCCUUUCACAUGAUACUGGCGGGACUUGCAACAUUCUUGCUUGCCUUUGUCAUGAUCAGUCAACCGUACAAGGAGUUCUUCUCAACUGUGGCUCGUCUCACUAUAUUCUUGAUAUGCUUAAUAGCUGUCUCAAACAGCAAGGACAUGCAACGAGCUUACCUCGAACGGUUACAAGACAUCCAGUCUCAUCUUCCAACGAGCAACCAGAGGGAUAGUUUUAUCAUACUGCCCGCCUACUGCAUUCUUGAGCAGCUUCUUGACCCGUCUGAAGAUCUCGGUACCGAGGAAAGACAACAUCUCGCCAACAGAGGCAUUGAGCGAAGUGUGUAUCCUCAGUUUGUAACAAUCUGUACGUUAUUCGGCUUUACAACAUUCUUUACACUACUCGGUCCUCAAAUUCGGUUUUUUGUGCUCCCGAGAUCCAUCGACGACUGCCACGGCCCGAUUGAUGCAUUGGACGCGGAUGAGAAGCGAGGUGCGUUGCUCGAUGAUCAAAUUUACCUCGGGUUAUUCUACAAGAUCGUGGUCUGGAUAGCAUGCGUGGCAAUAAUCAUCUGGAACUGGAUCACUGUUGCCUUUCUGCGGAAGUGGAUCGAUGAGUCCGAAUGGCUGAACAACAAGGGUGGCAACGCCGAGAACGAUGUUCUCGGAAUCGGGCAGCUGGCUCCACUUGCUUCUCUUGGAACCAUUGGACUUGUACUCGUGGAUAUUGCUUGGGACUUUGCGAAACAUUGGCAUCCACUUCGCUGGUGGACUGGAGAGGACGAUGUCUUUAAAGGACCCAAUAUCUGGGCAUCUAGGGUCCCGGUGGAGUUGCAGCGCUAUCCGAAUUCAAGGAUCUAG